AUGGCCGAAAGCGAGCUCUUGCCAAAAGAUUGGCCACCUUUCAUCAAUGUCGACGGCGUUUCUAAUUUCCGUGGACUUGGUGGCUAUGUAUGCCACCCUCCUCAAACAGCCUUGGCUUUAAUCAACGCAAAUGAAGCGAAAGAGUGGCGGAUCCGGCCUGGAUUUCUGUUUCGCUCUGCGCAGCCAUCUCAAAUCACGCCCGCUGGACAGGAAACUCUGACGAAGACACUUUCUAUCCAUUCGAUUUUUGACUUCCGCUCAGAUAAAGAUGUUGCAUUCGUUGCUGACCACAUGCCUGGGGCACUUCUCGACAUCCCAGAGACUACCCGGUACUCGGUUCCGGUCUACCGGCAGAUAGACAAAUCAUGGGGAUCGGCGGCAGAGCGAUACCAAGCUACAUCAAUCGGGCUCAAGAACCAAGAUGGCAGCGGAAGUGGUUUUGUCAACUCAUACACCCUACUUGCGCGGAGUGCAGCGAAGACUGGCAGCUUCCGCACCAUCUUACAGCACAUUCUGCAGCAUCCUGAUGACCCCAUCCUGGUUCAUUGCACCAUUGGAAAGGACCGGACGGGGGCUAUCGCGACGGACUAUGCGCUUACCUCAGAAGGAUUGGGUUCCUGGCGAGAGUAUAUGAUCCAGCAUGCGCUUCAAACAGGAGAGUUAGAAACUCGUGAACAGGCGGAGUAUAUUCUUGGAAGUCGCAAAGAAUAUAUGCUGUCUUUCUUAGAAAGUUUUGAAAAGGAGUUUGGAGGUGCCAGGAAAUACUUUGUAGAUCUCUGUGGCAUGCAGAAUAGUGAGCUUGACAAGAUUAUUGCCUCGAUGGUUGUCCCCGGAUACGACUGA